AUGUCGGACAACGAGGCCGCUCCAUCGGUGGGGAGUGAGGAGCAGUUCUGGGAUGAUCUAGGAGGGAUUCUCUCUGCUCCGUGUAGCGACCACGAGUCCAUCGACGACGCCCUGCGCUCCUGGCUCUCCCUGGUAUCUACCAGCCGAGACCAGUACCUCAGCUACGAGGACGAUGUAGCGACUUGCUCCCAGAAGCUGCUGGACAGCCCGAUAUUUGUGCAUCACCGCGACUACGUGCGCACGCAGAUCAUUUACAGCCUGCUGCAGGAGGACGAGAUUGGACCGCUGCACGUCAUUGCCAAUUUUCUGCUCCUCGACGGGCGCACCGACGAGGAUGUGUUUCGGCGCAUGAUUGACGAGGGCUGCUUCGCGAGGCUGGUCGACCUCGUUAAGGACUACCGGGACAACGACCGGCGGCUACACCGGCUCUUGCUGGAAUUGACUUAUGAGAUGUCCCGGAUCGAGAGGGUACGGACAGACGACCUGCUCCAUGUGGACGAUGCGUUGGUCAUGUACCUCUUUCAGCUGAUCGAGGACGUAUCGGAUGAUGCCGAUGACCCAUAUCAUUACCCCAUCAUCAGAGUCCUGUUGGUCCUAAAUGAGCAGUAUAUGGUGGCAACGACCACCGCAGCCGCCGACCCUUCGUCGCCCACAGCGCCCAUGACCAACAGGGUGAUCAAGGUGCUCAGUAUCCACGGGCCCAGAUAUCGGACGUUUGGCGAAAACAUCAUCUUGUUGCUGAACCGCGAGACAGAGACGUCGUUGCAGCUCCUCAUUCUGAAGCUGCUCUAUCUUUUAUUCACCACAACGGCGACGUACGAAUACUUUUACACCAACGACCUACGAGUGCUGCUUGAUGUCAUUAUCCGCAACCUGCUGGACCUGCCGAACGAGCUUAUGUCGCUGCGGCAUACCUAUCUUCGCGUCCUGUACCCGCUCCUCGCUCACACCCAGCUCAGCCACCCGCCGCAUUACAAGCGGGAAGAGAUUAUCAAGGUCCUGGCCAUUCUCGGCGGCGUGGGCAAUCUGCACUUUGCGCCAGCAGACGAGACUACGCUGCGGCUAGUGGACCGCGUCUCCAAGGUGAAGUGGUUGGCGGACACGGGCGACGGGGACGUCGCUCGCAAGCUCCUGGGCAUCAGCCUGAGCAACGCGCAGGCCGCCAGCAGCAUGAGCGUUGUCGAUGUGGCUGCCGUCAUGGAGAAGCCUGGCGUCAAGACGCCAAGUCGCAAGACGGGCAGCGCACCCGAGGCGGAAGACUCCAGUCCAGACACGGUGUCGUCGCCGGAACUGACAGGGUCGCCGACACAUACCAGAGGGGGCUCGUCAGAGAGUGUCGCACCCCCCGUCAGGAGACCGAGAAAAGCGCUUCCGGCGGUCCCUAAGCACCGGCACGGCGUCCCGGUCAUUACAGCCACGGCUCCAACACCUUCUGCUCCGGCGCUCGAGGCCAACGGAAAGGGCCACAAGAAGCUCCCGCCAAAAGCCCCGCCGCCUCGAAGGGGGGCGCGGUUGAGACAGGCCACUUCCAGCACUAAUCUAUGCGCAGCGGACAAGACGUUGCACUCCGCCGAGACUGCACCGGUCUCGUAG